AUGGGCAAAACAGCAUCAGAGUUAGCAGCUUUCGUCGGACAACAUGAGUGUGUUUGUAUCAUCAACAAUCACAUCAGUGUCGAUGAAGUGGAAAAGUUCUUACAUCCGGACGGGGAGAAAAGCGAAGAACAAUAUCCUCCGGAACUUGUUCUGUUCAUCCAUGACAUAUGUAAAUCCCAUAGAGUUCAUCCAGUUGCUAUCCUAUUACGUCUUGCCCAAUAUCCCGAUGCUUUAAAAUAUAAAAAGAAAGUUCUAUAUGUAGUAGAUCGUGUAUUCGAACGUCAGCUCAGGUGUAAAGAAAGCAAUGAGGUUAUGUCUCUGAAGUUAUGGAUCAUCCUUCAUGUCUUACGAGAGGCUAUCAAGUUCAUAGAAGAGAAGAAUGAGAAAGACCCUGCUACUGUCGUGACGGUUUAUUGUAAAUUCCUUUUGCAAAUGGAGCCUGAUCAACAGGUUAGGCCAAACCUGGAAACUCUAUUGAGAAAUGCUGUACGUUCAUUCCCUUACCAUCACUCCCUACUCUUCGAAACCUUGGUUAAAGCUAUCGCUAAAGUGCCAUUCAUGAGCAGACCAACAGCUUAUGAGUUUAUCGUCCAAUCUCUGUUCGGUCACCGCAUUCUUGCUUGCAGUAAGUUCUGUGCUACUUGCGGAACUCCUAACGCAGAUAAGAAGUGUCCCAAUUGCAAGUUUCCAUAUUGUUCCCGCGAUUGUCAAAAGUUCGAUUGGGUUUUCCACAAGAAGUGCUGUGACUCAAUCAAAGGAUGGAACGUCCAACAGGAAGAGCAAGUCAUGUCAAUCGAAGAUUUGCAAAGCCAAUUGGGGCAAAUUAAUGUUUAA